AUGGCCGACAUCGCCCAGCAUGCAUCCAACACCUUGGUGCAGAACGGCGACCAGGCUGGUCUCGGCACCGAUGCCGCUCAGGACCUAGGUAGGGAGCUGUGCGAACAGACCAGGGCUUCGAGGAUACAGCUGACUUUGGCUCCAGGUGUCGUGCAGAUUGACCCAUGGCUCUCGCCAUUCCAGGACGCUCUGAAGAGAAGAGUUUCCAAGGCCAAGGACUGGAUCAAGAAGAUAGAUGAGACAGAAGGUGGCCUGACCAAGUUCACCAAGGCAUGUUGCCCUUUCUCUCUCUCUCUUUCUGGCACUGAUAUAUUCGGACUCAAUGUUGAUAAGGAUAACAAUGUCGUUUAUCGAGAGUGGGCUCCCAACGCCCAGCAGGCUUUCCUUAUCGGGGAUUUCAACGGUUGGAAUCGUGACUCCCAUCCCAUGAAGAAGAACGAUUUCGGUGUGUUCGAGAUCACAGUUCCACCUAACGAGCAUGGUCAAGUUGCAAUCCCUCAUAAUUCCAAGAUCAAGAUUUCACUGGUUCUUCCAGACGGCAACAGAAUCGAUCGUCUCCCGGCUUGGAUCAAGUAUGUUACACAAGAUCUCUCGGUGUCGCCUGCAUACGACGCUAGAUUCUGGAAUCCUCCCCAGGUGGAGAAGUACACGUUCAAGCACCCUCGCCCAAAGAAACCUCUCAGUGCUCGCGUGUAUGAAGCACACGUCGGCAUAUCGUCGCCGGAGCUCAGAGUAGCCACUUACAAGGAGUUCACCAAGAACAUGCUCCCAAGAAUCAAGUCGCUUGGCUACAAUGUCAUACAGUUGAUGGCCGUCAUGGAGCACGCCUACUAUGCCAGUUUUGGCUAUCAGGUCAACAACUUCUUCGCCGCCAGUAGCAGAUAUGGCCCUCCCGAGGAUUUGAAGGAGCUGAUCGACACUGCCCACAGCCUGGGCCUUGUUGUGUUGCUGGAUGUUGUUCACAGCCAUGCCUCGAAGAAUGUCCUUGAUGGCUUGAAUGAGUUUGAUGGCACCGACCAUCAGUACUUCCACGGGGGAAGCCGGGGAAAGCACGACCAGUGGGACAGCCGGAUUUUCAACUAUGGUCACCACGAAGUCAUGCGUUUCCUUCUAAGCAAUCUGCGAUUCUGGAUGGACGAGUACCAGUUCGAUGGUUUCAGAUUCGAUGGCGUGACAAGCAUGCUCUACCUUCACCAUGGCUUGGGGACAGGCUUUUCUGGUGGCUACCACGAAUACUUCGGCUCAGAUGUCGAUGAGGAGGCGGUGGUUUAUCUCAUGCUUGCCAAUGAAAUGCUCCACGAGCUCUACCCGGAGUGCAUCACUGUUGCCGAAGAUGUGUCGGGAAUGCCAGCUCUGGGCGUGCCACUUUCCUUGGGAGGCGUAGGAUUCGAUUAUCGCCUCGCCAUGGCCAUUCCCGACAUGUGGAUCAAAAUUCUCAAGGAAAAGAAAGACGAGGAUUGGGACCUGGCCAACAUCUGUUUCACGUUGACCAACAGGCGACAUGGGGAGAAGUGCAUCGCUUACUGUGAAAGUCAUGACCAAGCCCUGGUCGGAGACAAGACCUUGAUCUUCCACCUCUGUGAUGCCGAGAUGUACACAAACAUGUCGACCCUCACUCCCCUGACGCCCGUGAUUGCCCGAGGCAUGGCUUUGCACAAGAUGAUCCGUCUCCUCACAAACGCUCUUGGCGGCGAGGGCUACCUCAAUUUCGAGGGCAAUGAAUUUGGCCACCCCGAAUGGCUCGACUUUCCUCGAGAGGGGAACCAGAACUCGUUCUGGUACGCCCGGCGGCAGCUUAACCUCACGGAUGAUAACUUGUUGAGGUACCAAUUUCUCGACCACUUCGACAGACUGAUGAACCUCUGCGAAGCGAAAUACGGCUGGCUGCACUCUGCGCAGGCGUACAUCUCGCUGAAGCACGAUGGAGACAAGGUGAUUGUCUUUGAGCGUGCAGGUUUGGUUUUUGUGUUCAACUUCCACCCAACCAACAGUUACACCGACUAUCGGAUUGGAGUAGAUGUUGAAGGAACAUAUAAAAUUGUCCUAAACACGGAUGACAAGGACGUGGGUGGGUUCAACUCGAUUGACGCCAACACCAGGUUCUUCACCACUCCGCUGGAAUGGAAUAACCGCAAGAACUGGACACAUGUCUACAUCCCAUCUCGGAGUGCCAUUGUUCUUGCACUCGAGUCGACCACCACAUGA